CCACGCCGAGCCGAAGGGACGAGGAAGUGGAGGCUCUGGCCGGCCCAGGUAGAGCUGCUCCCGGUGCUACCAUGAUUGAGCUGGUAGCGGAGCUGAGUCGGGGCCCCGUGUUUCUGGCCGGGGAAGCGCUGGAGUGCGUGGUGACUGUCACAAACCCGCUGUCUCCCACGGCCACCUCUGCAUCCAGUGAAGCGUUGGCCUGGGCCAGUGCCCAAAUACAUUGCCAGUUCCAUGCCAGUGAGAGCCGUGUGGCACUGCCCCCCCCAGACUCCAACCAACCAGAUGUCCAGCCUGAGAGCCAGACUGUGUUCUUGCCGCACCGAGGUGAGCGGGGUCAAUGCAUCCUAUCUACUCCUCCAAAGAUUCUGUUCUGUGACUUGAGGUUAGACCCUGGAGAGUCCAAAUCCUAUUCCUACAGUGAAGUGCUUCCUGUGGAAGGGCCGCCGUCUUUUCGGGGUCAAUCUGUCAAGUAUGUGUACAAGCUGACCAUUGGCUGCCAGCGGGUCAAUUGCCCCAUCACUUUGCUUAGGGUCCCACUAAGGGUGCUCGUGUUGACUGGCUUCCAAGAUGCCCUGUUCCCCCAGGAUGAGGCUGUGGCUCCCUCCAGCCCAUUCCUGGAAGAAGAAGAAGUAGGUAGAAAGGACUCACGACUAGCAGAGUUGGCAGGAGAGUUCCUCAUGGCUGCUACAUCCCGUCGAAGUUUGUAUCUAUACAAUAUCAGCGAUGGUCGCGGGAAAGUUGGGACCUUUGCAAUCUUCAAGUCCGUGUACAGACUUGGGGAGGACGUAAUAGGGACCCUGAACCUGGGGGAGGGGACUGUGGCCUGUUUGCAGUUCUCAGUGAGUCUACAGACAGAAGAGACUGUCCAGCCUGAGUACCAGCGGCGCCGGGGAGCAAGUGGGGCUCCAUCUGUGUCCCAUGUGACUCAUGCCCGACACCAGGAAUCCUGUCUACACACAACCAGAACUAGCUUCUCUCUUCCCAUUCCACUAAGCUCUACCCCAGGGUUCUGCACGGCCAUUGUGUCCUUGAAGUGGCGGCUACAUUUUGAGUUUGUGACAUCUCGGGAACCUGGCUUGGCACUGCUCCCUCCCAUGGAGCAGCCUGAGCCUGUGGUCUGGACAGGACCUGAACAAGUACCUGUGGACACCUUCAGCUGGGACCUCCCCAUCAAGGUGCUGCCCACGAGCCCCACUCUGGUCUCCUACGCUGCUCCAGGCCCCAGUGCCAGCAGUGUCACUAUCUGAUCUGACUCCAGUAACCCACUGUGCCACUGUUGUGCUUGGACACAGCAUGAAAGACAGACUCCUAUGUGGCCCUCUCCUUCCUUUCUGGGGCUGCGCGAGUCUGAGAAGGGACUGCAUGCCAGGCAUUUGGCUGUCCAUUAACUUAUUUAUUUAGAAUAAAUUCACAGCUGCUAGUGGUUUCCCUGGAGGUGGCAGCAGCCGCAGUGGGCAGGCAGGCAGCAAAGUGGAUGGUCAGUAGAACCUAACUGGGACGUGGUCCUGGGGCCCCAGAGUCAGGGGUAUUGGCUGAGCCCCAUUCAAGGUCAGGAGGGCCUCCCCUGCAGGGCAGGUGAGGGUCAGAUUUUUGCACCAGGGAGAUGUGGCAGGUCCCUUCCUCCCGUCGUACCUCACACCCCGCUGGGAAGUCGAUGGGAUGCUGGGACCUAGAUGAACAUCAUAGGUAAGGAAAUUACACACUCAGGUGCUCCUCUUCCUACCAGCCCUGCCUCCAGUCAAGCCAUUCUAUUCCAGAAGCCCUUGGUUUAAAGCAAGAAUAUGACUUGACUUUACCCUGAACAUUCUCCUAUUCUAUACUUACCUCCUCUUUCCGUCCCAAUACAACAUAAUCUUCCUUUUCUCCACACCUUGAUCCCUUUGGUCACAUCUCAUUAAUUCUAUGUCAUCCCUAGUCAUUUCCCUUCUCCCAACCCCUCCUUUCCCAUUCCCAGUCAGGCACAUCAUAGCAACCCAACAUUACUUACGUAUCACAGCAGCCUACACCAACAGGGUGUAGGCAGGUGCAGUGGAAACAGUCGCUUCGGAGCCAGGAUUCACCCAGGGUAAAAUAUUUCCCCUCAUAGUGACAGGGAGCUGAGGAGGAACGAGGAAAGUUAGCAGGUUGGCAUGCUUUAUGAGAAGAGCUUUGGUUUGGGGUGGGAGAAUUAUGCUAUUCUGUAAUUUUUAAUUGGGGGGGGGGCAGGAGAGGGGUGGGAAAGAAGGGAGAAAGGAGCAUCCUUCUAUAAAUAAGAAGUAUACUUGUGCUAAGGAUCGGGCUCAGAUCAUCUCCCCUCAGGCCCCCAGUUUCUUGUUUCCCUGCUCUCCCCUCUUCCAUCAUCUUUACCUUGAGCUUGGAAGUAGCAUUUGCUGUGAGCUCCUGGCAGUUGCAAGAGGAGUGAAAUCACCAAACAGAUGGUUCCCCAGCUUCUUGGGGUCCCCCUGGUCCUCCCAGCCCACUGCCUCAGUGCCAUUCCUGCAGGGCUAACUUUCACAGACUCUGCUUUACUUUCACUCACAACCUCUGUCUUGUCUCCUCUGUCUCCCCUCUUAGUCUGUCUCCCCUGGGCUCUUGUCUCGCACCAUUCUAUGCCCUCUGCUCUUGCAGGCAUGGGGAUGUUUAUAAAGUGAGGACCCUGGCCCCCUGCUGAGGAGAGCUGGAAAAGCUGUAACUUGGUGUUUCCUGGGGUGAGGGCAUGAAAACAAGAGGUCCAGCUUUAACAAGCUGUGAGAGCUGAUUCAUGUCCCAGCACAGCUUGGGAGGGGUGGGGGUUGGUGGACAUGGAAGGGGCACUGGACUGGGCACUUCCCCAGUAAAGAGAAGUGGGAGGGGUGGUGGACUGCUAGGUGGUCCCCAGAUCUUUUCCCUGACCUAGAGGGGAGGGAGCAUUUUUUCCUCUUUUCUUUUCCCUCCUUCCUCCAAAGUGGGAGGGUGUAGGAUAUUGGGAUUCCUGCCUGGACCGGAGGGAGGCAUUUCCUGGGGACGGUUAGUUCUGUGUCAAAGCCAAACCAAGGAGCUGCAGUGGGGCGCGACGGCCAGAGGCUCCAGGAAAGGGAACUAACAUUGCUUUUGCCACCUGGAGGGCAGAGAGGUCCCCCCAUAAUUGAGAUUGCUCCAGAGAUGGGGCUACCACCUUUAGGUAGCGCUUUCAUCUUUUUUACGUAUCGCUCUCACUUCUCUUCCCCCCUUUAUGAAGUCCUCCCCAAGUCUGUUAGAGAUAGACUUUCCCUUCACAGGUGGAAUCUUCACACACAGGCAAAGGCUCUCUUUUGUCCUGAGAUGAGUUUGAGGUUUUCCCUCUGAGGUAGGGAAUAUCUGUAACAUCCUAGAGGCGAAUUUCUCUCAUCCAGAUAUUCCAAAGAUGUCACUCUCCAUCCAUAAGCAAGCCUUCCUUCCAAGCGUUAGUGGGAGUUGUACUAAGCUAGUAUGGACAAAUGUAUUUGGUUGAGCAUGGAAAGAACAAGCCCUCUUCAUACCUCCUAGGCUGGGGUAGAAAUGGAAGGUCUUAGGAAAAAGGGAAGCAAAGCCUGGAGAUGUUCGUUACGCUGUUUUGCAUGUGCCUUAUAGAAGGUACAAGAGGAUAGGUAGUCACCAAAAAGACUGUUGCUAGAGUCUUGUAUGUUGGUUGGACCAUAUGUAAUGGGCACUGCUUAUGCUGGAGGUCCACAGUUCUUACCUUUAGAACAGAAGGGGUUUCAUAAUACUCCUUCCCUCUAUCUUGUAUCCCUACUGUGUCAUCCCUUUCUUCGUCCAUGUGCCAUCAUAGGAUUCCUUAAAGUAGUGGAGGCACUAUUGUGUAAGGUCAAGAGGACUGAAUUUGGAGGCAGAAGAUCUGACUUUGACUCUCAGCCUUGUUGCUAGCUGUGUGAACAUAGGCCCCUGUGGACCUCAGUUCCUAAGAUUGUGGAAGGAGGGCAGAUGGUUCUGUAAGGUCCCAGCAUUGACAUGAUUCUGUGCUACCACCAUUAAAUUUAUAUUCUGGA